AUGUUGCAACCCUCAACAAUAAAACGAAGAUUGGAAACUUUUCUUAACGAAUUUAAAAGAUUAAGAAAAAAUUGGGAUGAGCUUAAUGAUGAAUGUCUUACAUUGGCCAAUUCAUUUUUCAAUACAAAAUUACAAGAACAAAAUACAGAUUAUCCAGAAUAUUGGAUUGAAGAAUUUGAAGAAUUUUUAAAUUUAAAGGAAAACUAUGAAAAAAAAAUGUCGAAAAAAGUCUCAGAAUUAUGGAAUUCUUUGAAAUUAAUAUUUGAUAAAAUGAUUGCUCAGUAUACAAAAAUGAAAAUUCAAAUAUUACAAAUGGAAUCUUUGCUGGAAGAAUCUUGUGAAAGCCUGGGAGAAGAAUUUACAUAUGAUACUUCGUUGUAUUUAACCUGUCCUUUGGAAAUAUUUGAACUCGAUUUAAAACAAAAAAUAAUAUUAAUGAAUAAUGAGAUUGUUGUAGAUCGUGAGAAGGCGAUGAUAAUAUUAUCAAGUUGGAUAAAUCAACCAUUAAUUGAUGAUUGGGCAAUUAAAGAAUUUGAAAAUAUUUGUGAUGUUGAAAUUGGAAAUAAAUUCGACAAAUGA